AUGAGCGAUCCCUCUCCGGGAAACAACCACCACCAACACCAGUAUCGACUGCAAGGAGCGAUGAUAGGACCUACACCGACUGGAUAUCGACCGCAGACACGGCAGCCACAGCCAGCGCCGGGAGAGAUGGAGGCAUUUUACCAAGCGUAUUUGGGACAGGAUAUUCCCUCGUCUACUGUGCCCUCGGCCCCCCAUUCGCAAUCCCAGCAUCCUCCGACACUCGAUACUGCCAAUUUCGGUGUAUUCGAGCCUCAGCCUGCGAGUGCACGUCCCUUUCCCACUUUUUCCUCCAUCACAUCCGAACGACCCGGGCCACAGCCCCACCAGCAGCAAAUACCUGGUGACUUCAUACCUGGUGGAGGCGCAGGCACGAAUGAAUGGUAUCAGCAACAGCGCAACAAUUCGAUGAUAUCGAACAAUUCGGGUUCAUCCGCAGCCCAACUCUCUUCACCAGUACGCGAUGCCACCGGCCAGCAUAAUUUUUCUUACAUUGGUUCCAACUCCAACGCCGGGAACAAUUUCACCUCGCCCACUCGUCCGUCGCGCUACCCCAAUGAUUAUUCUUCUGGGUCCGAUUUUCCUUCGACUAGCGAGCAGUACAACUCUCCUCAGGCAGUCGGUUCUAUGUCUCCCGAUAAGCAUUUUAUGUCCUCGCCCGAGCAGAUGCACUAUACCCACUCCGCUCAGCCCAUGUAUUCGGCCGCGUCUCAAGCACCUCUUUUUGCCGGACAGGCUUUUACUAUGGGUCAAGCUCAGCCAUUUGCUCAACCUAGCUCGAGUCCGACGCGUCCCCAGGCCAUGCCUCAGCAGAAUUCGAGUCCCAUUAGGAUGACAGCACAACAGGGCGCAGGGUAUGAUUGGCGGCCCGUGGAUAGCGGUCUGACGCCAAGCGGAGGCCCUGGCGGAAGCGCGGGUUCACACUCGAGCGGUGGGGGUACUAACGGAGGAGGGGCUUAUGCAACGUCCAGUCAAUCGGCGAAUUCAAGUGGCAAUCAAGUCCGCCCCCCGCAACAUGCAAUUCGUCAACCUGGAUCUGGCUUGGGUCGCUCUCACUCCAUGAGCUCACGGCCCACCCACCAUAGGCCUACCAAGAGCGCGUCUGGCCAUCUGGUUCCUCCUAAUCCUGCCAAACGUCCCCGCCCCGAGGAGCCCGAGGAGGAAGAAAGCGAGGGGGACGAUGACCCUCAGCAGUCCAUGCCGAGUGGACGACACCAUCGCAGUCCACAAAGCAAACGCCUGUAA